GGCUCCGGGCGCUAUUCCCCCCCCUCGCGGCGGCGCUGCCGGGCGCGGGCCGCUCGGAGUCUGCGCACUGCGCCUCCCGCUCUUCCGAGGCUCUGCCGGCAGCGGUUCCUUCACUCGGCUGAAGAUGGCGGAGGGUGGCGGCUCGUCGCUGAAGGGGCUGCGGGAGCAGAUGGUUGCUGCAGCCCAAGCAAUAGCAGAAGAAAGAAGAAACCAAAGUGGUAUUAGCCCUGUUCCAGUCCAAACUGCAAUAAACCUACAGACUGCAACUAAACCAGUGAUAGAUGGCUCCACUCUGAGAACAGAAGAAAGACAAAGACUAGCCCGGGAGCGAAGAGAAGAGCGGGAAAAGCAAAAUGCUGCCAAAGAAACACAGAUAUUUGAAAAGGAAAAAAAAGCAAAACUCCAGUAUGAAAAACAGAUGGAAGAAAAGCAGAGAAAAUUGAAAGAACAGAAACAGAAAGAAGAACAGAGAAGAGCUGCAGUAGAAGAAAAAAGAAAACAAAAAAUAGAGGCGGAAAAGGAGCGAUAUGAAGCAGUUGUGCAUCGUACCUUGGAGCGGAGCCAACGACUGGAAACACGACAAAAGAGAUGGUCAUGGGGAGGGUCUGUAACUUCAAAUUCAGACAGCAAGACUGAGCCACAGACUGCAGAUGAAGGUGGAGCUGCCAGCAAACGUUCCACAUCCACAGCAAACCUCAAACAAACAGAAGCUGUCAUGAACAAACGUUUGUCAUCGUCUGCAGCACUUCUAAACUCUCCUGAUCGGAGUACCACAAAGAGAAGUGCUUCAUUAAACAGACUGAGUAACAAAGUUUCUCUGCAGUCUGAGCAGCCACCACCAAAAGGUUCACAGGUGGAACAGAAAGGAGGAACAGAAAAGAAGAGGAGCACGUCUUUGAAUAGAAUAAGUAGUAAACCUCAUUCUUCUACUGAACUAGAGAAAGUGAAAAAGGAAGAAAGACCAGCUCGUCGCUCUCAGAUCAGUCCUCUGGAGAGUAAUGUAAUCAGUCGCCUCCUCGCCCCCACACAGGCCUCCUUAGCUAGGAGUAAAAGUGCUGCUACAUUAUCGGCUGAUGGACAAGAUCCCUCAGAAUCUCACCUCUGUCCUCGUUCAGCUUCAGCCAGUUCCAUCAGUUCUCCAAUCCAAACUCCUAAAGUGCCUGUGCGCAGCCGUAGCAUCGACCGAUUGAAGACCACUGUAUCUUCAUCUGACACCAGCUCUCCAGAAUCCACACAGAAAUCGGCGACAGAAAAGCAGUCCCUAAGUCCUGCUGGGAGGCGCCCUCCAUCGCCAUCUGCGUCAGCUCGUAGAAGAUCUCCGUCCCCUGCUAACUUGGCAAAACGUCCUUCAUCUCCCUCUACAGCUAGACAAAAUCAAAAGGCCCGUCCACCUUCACCUAGUGUAUUGAAACAAAGGCCAUCAUCCCCCACUACAGUCUCCAAACCAGCACCUAUUCAACGCCUGCCUCUCACACCAAGUGUUGUGAAUAUUACCAAAAAGAAACCUGAAAUGGAAUGCAAACCAAAGGACAAGUGCGAAGAAGGAGCAGGACAAGAGCAUGGCACUUCUCCAACCUCUGAGAGGGAAACUGUCGCAAUUGCUGCAAAGACCAAAGAAGAAUCUAGUAGCAAAAAUAUUCCGGGAACCACAACAGCCGAAGAAGCCGCUAAAAUCUUAGCAGAGAAACGACGUCUUGCCCGGGAGCAAAGAGAACGUGAAGACCAGGAAAGAAUUCAGAGAGAAGAGGAGGAAAGGAGCAGAGAAGAAGAAAUGGUAAAGAAAAUGAUUGAAGAUAAAGCACAAAGAGAGGAGGAGCUCCACAGACUGGAGGAAGAAAAACGACUUGAUGAUGAAGAACAGCAAAGACAAGCUGAAGAGAGAGCUCGCAAAGACCAGGAGGAGCAGGAAAAAUUAAGAGAGGAAGCUGAAGCAAAAGCCCAAGAAGAAGCUGAAAGACAACGGCAGGAGCGAGAGAGAAUUAUGCAGCAAAAUAUGCAGGAGAGACUUGAAAGGAAAAAGAGAAUUGAAGAAAUAAUGAAAAGAACUCGGAAGUCAGAACAGAAUGAAGCCAAGAAUGAAGAGAAGUCUGCUAAUGAGGCUGACGAGGAAGAGGAUGCUGAAGAGGAGGAAGAGUUGGGCCUUGAAAAAACAUAUCAACCAGCUCUCUUUCUUUCAGAAAAGAUAAAUGGUGUUGAUCUGUCUCAAGAAAUCAAGGUGCAGACACAGUAUAGUUCUGAGUUUGCAUGUGGUUUGACUUCUACAGAAUCUUCAACGCAAGAUAUGUCAAAAAUGGAGGCGGAUGAAGUACUUAUGAAUGGAGAUGAGCAAGACAUUUAUCAGAAGAAGAAUAAUGAGGGGUCUUUGCAUGGUAUGCAGCUAAAGGAUUACAGUCCUUCAGCAAAAGAAAUGGUUAUCCAGAAUUCAGAAAUAUUGCACGUUAAUGAAGCUGAUCGUACGAUUGGACUUAUACAGAAUCUCAAUGGAAAAUCUAAUGCAUGGACUUUUGAAGAAAUUAUUGAUCUUGGAGUACAUUCCAAGUCAACCAAACUGAGUUCAGACAGCAUCACUGCUGAUAACUGUAAUGAAAACUUGAAUGAUGCUGCUACAGUUCCCUCUAGUCCAAAAUUGGCAUUUGAGGACAAUGGCACAGUGAAUUCCUUGACCAAACCUAUCGAGACGGCAUCAGCCGUACUGGGUCAGUCCAAAGGUCCAUCUAACCCAGUAUCCUGUCUACCAAGAGUGGCCAAUGCCAGGUGCCCCAGAGGGAGUGAACCUAACAGUUAGGAUCUCCAACACACCAGUUCAAAAACGUGCUCCUAACAAGAGAUCUCCACCCACAUGACAAGGACUCAUGUGGACAGGUGUUCUAAAUGGAGAAGCUGUGUAGUGGAAAUGGGAUGGUUACACUACCUGAGUCAUCUCUUCAGACAUGACAUAAAUUAGAGCAUUUCAAACUCCUGACAGCUGUCUGCUCUGUCCAGUUCCCAGAGGAUAGAUGUCCGUGUUUGUGUGUGUGUUUCAUGUACUUGUCCCAUAUAUGCCAUUGCAGUGUGCACCCUUGUUACCACUUAGGUGAAAGGCCAAAGAUUGUGACUGGGCCAUGGAAAUGGAGUGAAGGGCUUGCUCGUGCUAUGGUCCUUCCAGAUUGGAGUUCAGAUACAGUAGCUAGGUACACAGUGGCAGUGCUAUAUUGCUUCUGGGGGUAAUAGGAGGACUUCAGGCUUGGGUGCUUUCACACCUCCUUCCAUAGACACCAGUGAGGGUUGAAAUGUUCACCCCAGAUUCUUACUGCAUUUUGAAAGUUAGUCUAAAUAGAAUGACUGUAUUUUGAGCCUGUUAAUAACAAAAGCAGUUAAACAGAAGACGAGUAUAUUUAGUUAGAGAAACCAUAGUCUCUGGGCUGGGCUUUGGGCCUUGUUCAGCUACAUAUGUUUUGAGGUAGUGUGAUGUAGCAGGUAUGUACAUAAUUUUACAAACUAAUAUAUUUACAUACUUAGAUGUACUUGGCGUCUUGUAUGCAGUACAUAUUGCACAGCAUGAGAACAUUAACCACCUCUUCUUUGCUCUUUGGACAGAACUGUGAACACUAGAGUCCUGGAAAUAACCUGAUUGCACUUCAGUAAUCCAGUGUUUUAUCAAGUACCGAAGGCCUUGUUUUGAAAAGCUGCUUGUUAACCUUUACCUGUCUUCAAGCUUGCAAAAAAGACCAGCAGGGAAGGGAUAAUAAACUUCUAAAUUUGCACCUUGAAAACUUUCAGGGAGCCUUCCUUGCUGCUGUUCCUUUUCCAUUUGUUUAGCGGACUGUGUGACAAGCUUUCCUUGUUAAAUAUCACUUGCUCUCCUUUUACAAAAUCUCCGCUAACCUGUCUCCGGGUCCUUUUAUUUUCAUAUUAGUGUGAUGUACAGUCCCUGUGUGCCAUUGGAAAUUUACCAGCUGGCCACUGACAAAUAUUUUUGCAUGUUGAAGUGGCAGUUUGCAAAUUUAAAAUAAAAAUUAUGCAUUCCAUGCAUAUCAAAACCAAAUCCCAUCUGUUGUUUUCCUGUAACAUCUCUGUACAGUUGGUGAUACUAAUAGGAUAUUUAAGAAAAGCUAAAUUGGUCAGUUAUCUCUUUGAUCCAACACUGGGUUAAGAAACUGUUUUGGAUUAUUUCUAAUAUGAAAAUAUUAGUAGCUUCAAAAUACAGUAUUGUACAAUCAUUCAUACAUUUUAAUGUUACUGGAACGUCCUAAAAUUUUACAAUAUACACGAGUAUGUAUGCACUAAUAUACACUGCGAAAAUGUUGAGUACCUAAACGUGUUUGUUAUAGUGCAGUUUAACAUUUGUCAUGCUUUUUAAAAUGUUUUCAUUUGAAUUACAUAUUUAAGUUUAUCUACACUCAUGUAAGUAUUAUGUUGUGUACAUAACAGUAUUAGGCCAUUCAAGUCCUGGUUUUUGUUCAUGUUAAUUAUUCUACAUGUUCCUGUGCUAGCUUUAUAACAAUGACUGCAAAUAGCAUAUGUAUUCCCUUUCCUAAAGGCUGCAUUAAGUAAUUUAAUCUACAGUGACUUGCUUUUUACAGCAUGAAGAGAUUAACUGAGUAUCUUUUGCAAAGGGCUGCUACAAAAAAGUGUAAGUGCAGUCCUGUUCGUAUGCCUUUGUAAGAGAUACGGGAUAAUUUCUUUAAAGAAUUGCUUUCUCAAACCCUGCUUAAAUCCUUAGCUGACACUUCAGUACCAAUUAAUCAUCUGAAUGGCAGCUGCGUUUUCAGUGUUAAAAUGCAAACGUUCUUGCUGGAUCUAAAUGUGUUCCUUUCUUGACACCACGGUUAAAACAGGAAACCCUCAUCCUUCCUUCUUUCUCAACCCUUUGCUAUUCCAAGUAUCGUAGAACUGUUUUAGACUUAGAGCAGUGCCUUAGGUAAAAAGAAAAAUGUAUUUUUGUAUAAUAGCUGUUUCUGGCAGAGACAAUCAUUCUAACAAACAAGAUGCUGAUAUUUUUUUUCUGUGCAGAUGUUAUUUGUCGAAUGCUCUGUUACAGCUGUAUGUAAAUAUGUGUGCACUGUUAAAUAAACUUUGCAGUUGAA